UCUCAUCACAUUUCGUUCCAAAAUGUUCUCCAGACCUUUACAGUAUCUCAUUGUUAUUUAUUUAACAAGUUUAUAUUUCAUAUCAAUGGCGGAUAGAGUGCGUGUGAUUACAGAAAUGAAUAUUAUUUCAGUUAUAUCUUGUGCAUAUUUACAUCAGCUAGGAUUUUCUUGUUUAAAAAGUAAACAAAAAAGUGUGAUUCUGCUCUCGUGUUUAUUUUGCUGCUGGUAUGUCUUUGUGAUAUGGAUUUCUUUAAAGUCGAAAAGCACACAUAUCAACUAUGGGAGGUCACAUAACUCAAGUUUAUUGGUUAACAAGAAAUUGAACUUAUAUAAUACAAGCAUCAGUAAAAGACUUUUUCAAAAAUACAAGGACGAUAAUUACCAACAUAUUUUUUCGUUUAGUCAGGUUUCAAGACAAAAGUGUUGGGUUUUCCCCUCUUCUCUGGAAACGUACUUUCAGGAGUUAGAAAAUAACAGAAAUAAUGCCAGGUUGAUGAGGUUUGAAUGGGCAAGGUAUGAAACAUUCAAAACAUUUCCGUUCGAUUCACCCGUAAUGCCAAUACGAUUAGCGUCAAACGGAUUUUAUUACAACGGAUCUAGUGACAGUGUCACGUGUUUCUCGUGUGGACUUGAGUACCGAGGAUGGAGGGAGGGUGAUUCUGUUGCAGAUAUACAUGCCAGACUCUCACCAGAUUGUCACCUUAUCGUAGGAGCUGAUCAAACAAACAUAGGGAUUCAUGCCGGCGAUGUUCAAGGUGCUACAGGAGGCGGAAGUAGUGUAACUGAUGGCAGUAUCCGAAGUGGAGAGGUCUACGUACAGAGGCAAAGUCGGCAGUCUGAAGCAAGCGGUACCAGUCUUUAUACACAGCCACGGCACAAGUACCCCGAUCAUGAGAACUAUCAUUAUAGAAUGAACACAUUCACAGGGUGGCCCUGUACUGAUGUAAUAGACCCAGAACGUCUUGUGUCAGCUGGCUUCUUUUACGCAGGCAUCAGUGACUGCGUAAGAUGCUUUUCUUGCGGAGGUGGACUUCGUAACUGGGAAUAUGGUGAUAGCCCAUGGGAAGAGCAUGCCAGGUGGUUUCCUGAAUGUUGCUUUUUAAGAGAACAGAAAGGGUCAGAGUUCAUCAGACAACACAGAGAAGUACAAUCUGGCUGUGACGAGCAAGAAUCUUCAUCGACUGCAAUUGUAUCUGGAGAGGAAGCUUUGAACACAGUUAAAGGAAAUAGAGGAUCUAAAAGCCCAAGUGUCGAAGGUACUGCAUCGAAUGUAAAGACAAAUUAUAGGGAAAGCAAGAUGUCGACAGAAAAAUUGCUGACACAACAAACACUUCUUUCUAUGGGAUUUUAUCUGGCAGAUAUUCAACCAAGCCUUGGAAGGAUUGCAAUCACCGAUGUAACAGAGUCAACUAUAGAAACAGUACUAGAUGACAUGCUUAAACACUCACAAGCACACGGAACGGAACAUUCAGAUAAAAUUGCAUCAACUUAUGAUCAAAAACAGUUACAUCACAGCACGGAUGCAACAGCUGAGCAGGCAACACUAAAGGGUGCUACAAAUUCUUCUAUUGAAUUAGAUCCAAAAGAUUUACAAGAGGAGAACUCACGGUUGAUAGACCAGCUUACCUGCAAAAUCUGCAUGGACAAAGAAUCUAAUGUGGUAUUUAUCCCAUGUGGCCAUAUGGUUUCAUGCGAGACAUGCGCACCACAUAUCCGGAAGUGUGCCAUCUGCAGGCAACCUAUUAAAGGUCGCGUAAAAGCCUUCAUGUCUUGAAUAUGCAUUAAGGGCGCAAUGUUUGUAUUUGCUGCUGGAAAUGCCCCAGUGAAAAAGUUGAAGGGAACGUGUCUUCGUAGUCGAAUGGAUGAACAGCAAAGAACUUUCCUUUAAUAGGUAGUGAGUCCGUUCAGCCCGUCAGCCAAGUCCAAUGGGGAGAAGGUAGAUCCGUGUAUCUGCGGUGGUCGCGAAUUUAAUCAUCGGACAAGGUAUCCUCGCCUCAGAUUCACGUAGAGAAGUUGGCAGUUACUUGCAGAGGAAAAAGGUUAGUACUGGUACAGAAUCACAGUUACAAAACUGAAAUACUGCUAAACCACGAAACAUAUAUUGGACACUGUAGAGUAAAAGUUGUUUGUUCAGGAAGAAUGCGAGACAUGCUGUUGUCAUCAGUUUCAAACGACUUGCGCACAAAAACAAUAAAAUACAACAUUCUUUAUCCGUGGUCAAGUAAAUUAGUAAUCAAGUGCAUUAGUUAUCAUGUGUAUUUACUGACGAGCUUCUACGAUCUCACGUUUUUUUUUUCAUGUUUACAAGGAUGAAUUUUAUGUUAUAUCUAUAUUUAUAUUUUAUUGUGUGUGUGUGUGUGUUCGGGUUUCACGUCUUUUUUCAACAAUGUUUCAGUCAUAUAAACGACGGCUAUAUUUUAUUGUGAUUUCAUACAUGUCAAACCUAAAUAUGCAAACAAUAGCUCAUUUCUGUCUGUGAUAGAAGGGCUCAUGGAUUUUAUGUUUAUAGAUAAAAAGUUCAUAUUUAGAAUAAUUGACAUUUAUGUUUUUAUUUAUAGAUAAAAGUUCAUAUAUAGAAUAAUUGACAUUAUGUUUGUUUAUAUUGUUGUAAUUUUCACAAGCAGGGUUUGUGUUGUAUAUUUUGUUUAAUUGCAACAGCCUGGCAUUUUUCUUAAUAAAAUUUGAUCGGACUUUUUA